CUCCUCCAACAGCACCACCCGCAAGCACAUCCCCUACCCCUGCAAGACAGCCGUUUGUGAAAUCAUGAACAGCAAGGUCUUUGAGGAAUGCCAUAAAGCGGUUUCUCCUGAUGCCUUCGUUCAGGCCUGUAGAUCAGAUGUCUGCUACAAUGCUAAUUCUAGCUGCUCUAGUCUGGAGGCGUAUGCAUCUGAAUGUGCAAAUAAAGGGAUCUGCAUUGAAUGGAGGAAGUUCUCCCAUGGAGAAUGUGAGCAUACAUGCCCAGCCACUAAGGUGUACAUGCCAUGUGGUCCAGCAGUUGAACCAACAUGUAAUACCAGAUAUAAUGAGAAGUAUUUGAACAACCAAACUCAAAUGAUCAAUAAGACGAAGGAGGGUUGCUUCUGUCCAUCUAAAACCGUCUUGUUCAGCACCUACUCUGAUACUUGUGUGGUCUCCUGUGGCUGCACCGGACCUGAUGGCAACCCCCAAAUGCCUGGUGAUACAUGGGAGAGUGGUUGCCAGCAAUGCACAUGUGACAUGGACUCCAUGAUUGUCCAGUGUCAGCCUAUCACCUGCCCCACACCAGCCACACCCAUCUGCAAUGAGACUGGUUACAGACUGGUGAACAAGACAGAAGGCUGCUGCCAGAAAUAUACAUGUGAGUGUGAUGCACUGCUUUGCCCCAAAGUCAUGAUGGACUGCCAGCCAGGGUGGGAGGCAAUUAUAAGCACAUCCAACUCAAGCUGCUGUCCAGAUUAUACCUGUGUUCCUAAGGGUGUAUGUGUCUACAAUAACAUUGAGUACCAGCCUGGUGCUGAAGUUCCCAAAGGAACAUGUGAGAAUUGUAUCUGCAGCUCGACCAUGGAUCCUAGCACCAAGCUCAACAACAUUGUGUGCACAAAUAUCUCCUGCGACACUACAUGUUCACAGGGCUUCCAGUAUCAGGCCAUACCUGGUCAGUGUUGUGGGAAAUGUGUACAGACAAGCUGUGUGGUUAAUAUGCCAGAUAAGACCAAACACACUAUGCAGGUGAACGAAACAUGGUCACCACCUGGUGACAAAUGUGUGAUGUACACGUGUGACAAAAGUGAUGACCAAUAUAUACCAGUAGAGGUGAAGACUGUGUGCCCUGAUUUCAGCCCAGAGAUCUGUGUCCCAGACACAGAAAAGACAGAUGCAAAUGGAUGCUGCAAGACUUGCACAGAACGCAGGAAUGUCUGUGAGAUGAAGUACACCACCACUAGCAUUGUCAUCAGUGGCUGUGUGACCGCUGAGCCUGUGGAGAUCAAUUCCUGCUCAGGAAACUGUGGAACCUCUUCCAUGUACUCAGCAGAGGCGAACACCAUGAUGCACUACUGCUCCUGCUGCCAAGAGGCGACCACUAGCCAGAAAGAGGUGGAGCUGCUCUGCCCUGAUGGGUCAAAGGUCAAGCACUCCUACAUCCACGUUGAGUCGUGCGGAUGUCAUGUCACAGACUGUAAUGCAAAAACGACCGCCGCCCCGGGGACGACGAGAAAGCGCAGAAUGAGGCGCUAAACGUCUAGGGAGACAACAUGCACACUGAUAUAGGAAUUAUCCUCAUGACAUUGAAUGUUUUACUCUAAAUUUGUUUUCUUGUAACAUUUAACUUAAAUCUGUCAUGUCACUGUAUUUCCACAAUUGGCAACACUUACUAUUAUGUUCUUAUACUUUCAUUGUAGAAUGAAUGUAUUUUCUAUGAUAAAUGUAGUGGGUAAUCUCUUUUCUCAUUUGUAGUGAUUAAUAAACAACAGCAACAUCA